AUGGCAACGAUGAAGGCUGGACAAUGGGAUCCAAAACAGGGACAUGUGGUGGUGAAUGAAAUACCGAUCCCGGAACCUGGACCAGGACAGCUUCUGAUCAAGAUGAUUUCGGCCUCCUUGUGUCAUUCAGAUUUUUUGGCCAUGGGCGAUCCCAAUCGAACCGAGCCCAUUACUCUCGGCCACGAGGGUUGCGGUUGUAUCUUUUCCUUACACCGUGAUGCCGAAGAUAAAGGUUUUCAGAAGGGUGACGUUGUGGGGUUUUUAUCCGUCAAUGGAGCUUGCUUUGAAUGUGAAGGGUGUCAAGUACAUAACACCCUCUGUGAAAGAGGAAAUCCGCAGAUCGUGGGAUUCAGUGCUCCGGGGUUCUUCGCCGAGUACGCCGUGGUCGAUUGGCAGAAUGCUAUUCAUCUGCCCGCGCAAUGGGAUCCGAAGUCAAGCUCGCCAUUUUUUUGUGCGGGCCUUACUUCUUUCAAUUCGGUUGACUCCUGCGGCCUGCAGCCAGGCCAGUGGCUGGCUGUUGUCGGGGCGGGUGGGCUGGGACAAUUGGCGACUCAAUAUGCCAAGGCAAUGUCGCUGCGUGUAAUUGCCAUUGAUGUCAGCGAUUCCACACUUCAGGUGUGCAAAGAGCAGGGCGCUGAUUAUGUCUACAAUUCCAAAGGAGACCCGGCAUUCGCACAGAAGAUAAGGGAGCUGACCGGUGGUGGCGUUCAUGCCGCGGCUGUGUAUAGCGCGGCGAAAGCUGCCUAUACCACCGCGACGAUGAUCUUGAGAACUAUGGGACUUCUCAUGAUCGUUGGAGUCACGCAUGAACCCAUCCCCGUCUCGACGCAGGGGAUUGCUAUUGGGUUGUACAGGAUCAAAGGAGAAAAUUACGGCGUCCCUCAACGAAUGAAGCGCGCCAUUGACUUUUCCGUGCUUCACGGCAUCAAACCAGAAGUCGACUUUCGAAAAUUGGAUGACUUGGGCCAGAUGGUGCAAGAGAUGAAAUCAGGCACGGCCACAAAAAGGAGGACAGUUAUAUUUUAG